CGAGAGCUGCCAACCUGCAGUGCCGCCCACGGCCGGGCCGCCAACAUGGACCUAUUGCUGCGUUUUGUGCUUCUGUGCGGAGUUGCGGAUUUCACCAGAAGUUUGCACAUUACUACUCCGGAGCAGAUGAUUGAGAAGGCCAAAGGAGAAACUGCAUAUCUACCAUGCAAAUUUACCCUUGAUUCAGAAGACCACGGACCACUGGACAUUGAGUGGCUGCUGUCACCAGCUGAUAACCAGCAGGUGGAUCAAGUGAUUAUUUUGUAUUCUGGAGACAAAAUUUAUGAGGACUACUACAAAAAUCUGAAAGGACGAGUGCAUUUUACAAGCAGUGAUCUCAAAUCUGGUGAUGCAUCAAUAAAUGUAACAAAUCUACAGUUGUCAGAUAUCGGUACCUAUCAGUGCAAAGUGAAAAAAGCUCCUGGUCUUGGAAAUAAGAAGUUUCAGCUCAAAGUUCUUGUUAAGCCUUCAGGCACAAAGUGUUACAUUGAUGGAUUAGAAGAAAUUGGAAAUGACUUUAAACUAAAAUGUGAACCACAAGAAGGUUCACUUCCAUUACGAUAUGAGUGGCAAAAAGUGUCUAACUCACAGAAGCUGCCUGCGUCGUGGCUAGCAGAUAUGAAUUCGCCAGUUAUAUCUGUAAAAAAUGCCACUACUGAGUACUCUGGAAUAUACAGCUGUACAGUCAAAAACAGAGUGGGGUCUGACGAAUGCCAGCUCCACCUGGAUGUUGUUCCCCCUUCGAAUAGAGCUGGAACAAUUGCAGGAGCUGUUAUAGGAACUUUACUUGCUCUAGUGCUCAUUGGUCUAAUCGUCUUUUGUUGUCGUAAAAAGCGCAGAGAAGAAAAAUAUGAAAAAGAAGUUCAUCAUGAUAUCAGGGAAGAUGUGCCGCCCCCAAAGAGUCGCACUUCCACUGCCAGAAGCUACAUCGACAGCAACCACUCAUCCCUGGGGUCCAUGUCACCUUCCAAUAUGGAAGGAUAUUCUAAGACUCAGUAUUACCAAGUACCGAGUGAAGACUUUGAACGCGCUCCUCAGAGCCCAACUCUCCCACCUGCUAAGGUAGCUGCGCCGAAUCUAAGUAGGAUGGGAGCGGUGCCGGUGAUGAUUCCAGCACAGAGCAAGGACGGGUCUAUAGUAUAGAGCUCCGCAACUACAACUGUGCUCUCCUCCUUUCGUUUCUCUGGAAAGAAAACCCACUCUGUCAAAAUUUUAUUACUAGUCUAAAAUUACAGCAAAAAGAAAAGUUAACCACCAACUGUAAGAAAUACGCUUCAAAAACAUUUUGUUUGGUUGUACUGGAAUAGUAAAGGCAUUCAAUUUGUAAAGUCAAUUCACUACUGGAAAAAGAUAUCCUUUAAAAGGUUGACUUUUAUAGGUUUCUAAAUAUCAAUACUUAAGAAUGUAGCACUUUGAAUAUUAUUUCACUUUGAAUAUGAAAUAAUAGAUGAAGAAGUUGAUGAACUUAUAUGCAUACCCAGUUGAUACUUGAAUCAUCUGAAAGUGGUACUUUAUAAUUUCUCUUAUUAUUUUAGUAUGCAUUUCUUAACUUAUGACCCAUUAACCCCUUCCCCCAAAUUGGUAAAGAAGCAUUAAUGGCAAAAAUGUUUGUAUAAAUUGAUGUUUGUUAUUUUUAUGGCAUCUUUGACAACUCUAAAUAUGUUUGCAAUUUGUAUUAUAGAAAAUACACAGUAUUCUAGAAAUGACGAGUUUUACUUUUGAGUCAUUCAUAACCUUGUCUAUGUAUUGAGUUUUAAGUCUUUCAUUGAUAGACACACUGCAGGCACCAAUUACAUAGUAAACUCUUAACCUGCAAAAUUACUAGCAUCUAUAAGAUUCGCUUAACAAUUUUCUCGUCAGCUACCGCAGUGACACUAGAAGUGAGAUAGCAGGGGUGGAUUUCCCUAGAGUGAGUACCUGAAGCCGCAGACUUGUGGGUGUCUUCAGACCAGUGAGCAGCCAGAUCAAGGCGGUAGUGUUUUGUGUUUCCCGUCUAACUGCGGGCUGUCCACCUUCUGCGGUAUUUUUCUAAUGAGAAAAAGUUACAGCUCAUUUAUUGACCAUUAUAGAUCAACAUUCAUGACUUAUGGGUUCCAAAGUUUUCUCCCUAGUUUGAAGUGUCUUUUACUUUUGGCUUUCAUGUUUUGGAGGGUAUUGCAUAUUAUAUAUUCUAGAAACAAUGUAAUCUAAAAUAAGCCCACUUGAAUGCAGUUCCUGGAGAAUAUUUUCUUCGUAGACUAAGAAUAAUGAAAUAGAUUUUAAGCUAGUACAUGUCCCCCCCAGUACCAUGUCUCAGACUUGGGGAGGAUGUACAGUUGCUAUUUAUGCCAACAUGUUUUUGUGUAGAUGCAGAAAAGAAAUUUGAGCUUUGAAGUUUGAGUCUUCAUUUUGUGAAAGUGAAUAUUCUUUUUAAAAAAUGAAAGGAAAGGAGUGGUGUACUCCUAACUGCCAAAUGUGUUAAAUAUUGUUUUUGUAGAAGAAAGUGAGUUUAUUGUUACUUCCCUUAAGAUUGUGAGGGAGUGUGGAUAUAGUAGAAUGAGCCAACAGUUUCUUUAUCGUAUGUAAGGUCUGCAAUAAAUUAUUUCACUAGCUCGAAAACCUUUUCCCUAGAUUUUAGUAGGGAGCUGGUUUCUGUUCAUUUCUUCGGGGGCCGUGGUGGGCAGUCCUGAAUUAUAAAUCAAUGUUGGCAUGAGUUUAUAGCUAGGCAGAGUAUUGUGUACAAUUUAAUGGUAAAUUUAAGCAGAAUGUGUAAUGGAUUAGUGUAUAGUUUUACAUAUUUGGAAGCAUUUUAAAUAUAGGUUUUAACCUUUCAUAAUACUGCUUUUUAUACUUGUGUUAACAUUUUCAUCUGUGCCUUUGGGGUAAUUUCAUUUUUAUUAUGAAUUUCUGGUGCCUAUGAACUAGCUAUCACCUGACAGGUGCUUAGAGGUGAAGGUACUGUUCUCUAAAUGUAUCACUGUGACACCUCUUUAUCCUCAUACUCUCUGUCUGACCUCUUCUCUGUUCCUUUAUGGAUGCAACUUAAUUGACUGCUAUUCAUACAGAUAAAAAUUUCCACAUCCCUAGCACUCUUGAUGUGUUUCUGAUUUUAUAACAGUAGCUAUUUUUGAGUGUCACAACUCUGUUUUAUAUUAACAAAAGUUUAUUUAUAUUAUCAAAAGUAAUAGCACAAAUGUGAAUAAAAAAGUUUCAGUCCUUCCUAGUCUCAGUUUUGAUAUAAUGGAGAGGCUGGAAAUGUGUAAGAUUUUUCUUUCCUUAGACUUCAUAAUCUGGGAGUCAGGUAUAAGUAAAUUAGAAUCUCUUCCCAAAAUGCUUUCAGUUCAGUUCCAUACCAACUAUAGUCUGAGAAGGGAUCAGGUUAAAAAAAAAAAAGUCAUUCCUGUCACCUGAACGGUGCCACUAAAUUUAGAAGACAGAAUUCAAUUUUAGGCUAUCUCCCAGCAAUUCUCAUUAUAAAUUUAAGUUAAUCCAAACUGUUAUAAUAAUAAUGAAAAAAAAAAAGAAUAUAUUAAAUCAAUUCCAGUGGUAAAAAAGAAAAAAAAAAUUAAGUUAAUCCAGAGGUCAAAUAGUAUUGGUAACUUCCCAAUUUCUCAGUGAUGAUUUUAGUUAAACCAGAGGUCAAAUAAUUGUUAUAGAAUUACUAUUGUUAAUCAUCGAGCCGUUGAAUAUGUAAUUAUUCAAGCCAAACAACAGCCAGCAAGAUGGCGUGGCAUCAUGGAAGCUGUCACUUUCACACUUGACACCAUGGUUUUGAGUGAGGCAGCCUAGUGUGAAAAGCAGUUACAUUGAAAAGAAAUGCUACUAUAAAGUUAUAGAACACUGACUGUUGAAUAUGUUGUUCACUGUAUCUUUUUGAAAAUUGAGAUAAGUGACAAUAGGUUUGCAACAGGUGUUCUUUUUCUUAUUGACAAUUUUAUUAAUAUUCCCGUUAGAAGGCAAAAACUAAAACAAAACCUGUUCUCCAUUACACCAACUAGUUCUUCCAUAAAAAUUAUUCCAUUUAAAUUGGGGCUAAUUGCCAUGGAGUUGUUGCAACAAGAACACUGCCUGUCUGUGUCUGAUAGGGAAGUUAAUUGAAGAAAUGCAGUUAAACUGUGGAUAUGAAGAAAUAGCUGAUUUCACUAAAAGGAUUUUAAAUUAAGAGAUUGGGUUGUGGAAAUUUGGAGCUAGUGAAGGGGCAGGUAAAACAUAUUGGUUAAAUAUAAAAAUAACUGGUUGCAUGAAGUUCAGUAUCAAAUUCUGUAAUAUAUAUCUUCUUCAAAUAACUAUUCUCUGAUUCUUUUGUGUGUGCAGCAUGUCAAUUUGAAGUUAUGUGGACAUUUAGAGUUUUUUUUUUUCCCCUAAUCUCUUCAUCUCAACAGUGUCUAGGGCUUUUUUCAGAUGCCUUAUUCGUCCAUAUUUUAUGUGGUCAAUGUUUUGAUGCGUCACUUAGAAGUAGUUUGUAGAAAAUGUUGGCACAAUUUUAACUUUUUAGUGGCUUGUGACAUAUAUUAUGUAUGUACCUACAUCUUUAUAAUAUUCCUGUAUUUUGUAGUAUACAUGUUCUGGGCAAGUUUUAAUACUUCAAAUGCCUUUGAAUAUUCUUGCAAUAAAGGCGACAUUCUGCAGCUGGGAUUUUUAUUCAUUUGCCUGUUUUGACACGUUUAACAACUGAGCACAAAUCCUAGUUAUAAAUGUUAUAGAUGAAGGGAAGAAUGAUACAAUUUGUGAAUUGUGGUUCUGUUUUGUUUUAUGGAUGGUAAUACUAGGACAUAUUCACUGUGUCUGGCUUCUUAUUUAAAAACCAGCUUUUUAGAAACCCCUGUUUUGUGAUGAAUAUCUUUAGGUUUGAAUUUGGUCGUGAACACUAAAAGUUCAGCUCAAGAGAGGAAGAACUCUUGUGUUUUCUACUAGUUUAUUUAAUGACACAAGUCUUAAGGGAACCACAAUUCAUUUAUUUACUUUUUCUCAUCCCUAAUUAAAUUUUUUGAGAGAAAUACACUUGUACUUCUGAUAUUUCAACACUUAACAUAUACCAGAAUGAAUAGUGUCAGCUUCAAAAAUGACUUUGUAUUUAAAGUUUCUGGAUUUAGUAUCCGAUGGUGCAGAUUUUGAAAUUUGUAAAAACAAAAUUUGUUUUAAAAAACAAAAACUUGCUCUAGUUUUGUGACCUUGUGUACUUUUGAAAUAAAAUCAAG